CGACUGUCAUAGGGUCAGGCUGUAACAGUUGGCUAGAAUACCUAACAUCAUCUUCUCGCGGUCCAAUGGAACCCGACACGAUGGCGCCACAACCGACCACGGGCGAAGCGGGAGAAGAGUACAGAGCAUCGCCCGAUCGAGCACUGAGGGAUCUGAAGCAACGAAUUAGGCAAGAAGCACCGCUGAGAUGGGCUGACCAAACCAAUGACAGAGGGUCUGACAUGAGAGGCGAACCAGUUGCGACAGAGCCGCGGAAGGCUCAAAAGACGGGUACCUCGAGCGGACGACGAGAAGCGACGAGGUGGCGCUCCCCCGAGUACGAGCGGAGGGACACCAUAGCGGAUAGGCACAGAGACGACUGGAGAGAAAGUUUGAGGGAUUCCUAUUGGAGGGACAGAGAUAGAGACAGGGCGCCGCCCAGGCGAGUCUUCGACCCCCAGACAGGGGAGUCACAUCCGCUCCCUUACGAGAGCAAGGAUCGCUAUAUUAUUACGCACAAGGCCUCAGAGCCUCCUACCUUCAGGGGUUAUGAUAUCACAGAAUAUCUGGAGAAGUGGGAGCUUCACGCCAGCCGGAGUCAGUGGUCGGAGGAAGAGAUUAUAGAGAACUUCCUAUUUAAUGUGGACCCAAGUCUCGGUAGGGAAGUUAAGGAAGCUCGACCGAAGGAUGGGAAAUGGACUACAUACAAAAAGAAUCUCGUUGAACUUUACAAACUGGAGGAUAACAAGUAUUCCAUCAAGGACCUUGAAACAAUGACUCAAGAUGGAGAUGAGAGCGUACGGGCAUUUGGGAUCCGUUUUCAAAAGAUCUCCAACGUGCUGAUGAAGAAGGGGAAGAUCUCAGAGGUCGAGCGUUGUACUAUCUUCAUCGGACACUUGGCCAAAGACCGAGACCGCAAAGAUCGCGAGCCGUUUGCGCGAGCAAGGAGGCUGGAUGAUUACCCGCGAAGCCCUCACUAUGAGGCCGAUCGCGGUAGAGGCGACUCCCGCGGGCGAUGGGAGACAGAUCAGGGCCGACGAGAUGGAUAUAGGGACGACAGAUACGAGAGAUCAGACCGAGAUGGAUAUAGGGACGACAGAUACGAGAGAUCAGACCGAGAUGGAUAUAGGGACGACAGAUACGAGAGAUCAGACCGAGAUGGAUAUACGGACGGCAGAUACGAGAGAUCGGACCAAGACGGAUAUAGGGACGAGAGAUACGAGGGGUCGGGUCGAGAUGGCUACAGAGGUGGUAGGUAUGAAAGAGGAGAUCGGGAUUGGGAACGACGAGAUAGGUCGCGAGGACGGUUUGAGCGCGGGGGAGAUGCGAGAGAGCAGCGCGACGAGUCGCGGGGGUGGUACAACCGAGGGGACCGACGCGAUGAGUCACGAGGGCGAUAUGACUCGGGGAACCGCCGGAAUGAUUCACGAGGGCGGUAUGAGCAAGGAGGCUCUGGAGGAGACCGCCGCAACGAUUCGCGCGGUCGGAAUGAGAGAGGGGGAUAUGGCGUCUCACCAGAACCAUAUCCGAAGUCGCCUGACCCCAAGGCGGCCAGGAAUUCGAUUUCUAGAGGUGCAGACGACAGGGCAUCUACUCCCAAGAACUCAUGCAUCUACUGUAGAAGAGAAGAUCAUAUCAAGAGGGAUUGCCCGGACCUCAAACGAGCAAUAGAUGAGGGACUUGUCGUGCUUGACGACCGCAAGUACGUCAAGUGGGCAGAUGAUCUGAGAGAUGUAUCGAUGUUCCCUUCGAUGAAGGAGAAUGUCGAAGCAAGGAGAAUAAAGACGAGUAAAGGUAUGGAGCCGGUCAGGAGCCAGAGCGUCAAGAUAAUCUUUGAGGGGGAUAUCGCGACCACACCCAUAAGGGUGGCAGCCACCAAGUCGGCAAGAGGGUCUACAUCGAAGAAGACUGACACGAAUUACGUGAUGACGGAGAAGGACGGGCAGCGAGUCGAUGGAGAGGAGGUUAUCCUUUCGCCGCGAAAGAGGGGAGUGAAGAUGUUCUUAAUGAAGAGUUCGCUGGACGAGAUUGACACGGUUGAGCCACUGAGGCGGGCCCUUCGGCAACCAAUGCAGUGCUCUAUUCUGGAGUGCCUGGCGGCAUCGAAGCUGGCUCGUGAUGAAUUACAGAUGAUUACGCGGAAGACUCGCAUACCUCUAUCAGAGGAGGGUCAGGGGGCCCCUAAAGCGGAAGCUUCUACAGUAGCGGUAACGGGGGUGACUGCUAGAGCGGAUCGCAUAGUCCUUCUCGAUGGGAUGGAAGGUGUGCCUCCAGACAAGUUUUAUAUACUUGGUAGCGGGGCCGUAGAGACGAUUAUAAACGAUGGAGCGAUACUCGAUGCUGUGAUUGAUAACGGCAGUGAGGCUGUCAUCAUAGACGAGGACCUGGCAUUACAAGUUGGACAAGGCCUCGAUAGAUCAUACCUGUUCGAGAUAGAGACGGCUGAUGGGAGAAAGCAACAGUUCACUGGGGUUUGUCACAAGGCACCCAUAGAGGUCCAAGGGGUACGAGUGACCCUCCCUGUCUUUGCAGUCAAGAACUGCAGCUCCGACAUGCUCUUGGGUCGAACGUGGCUGAGCCACGUGCAUGCGGUGACGAUAGAACGACCUGAUGGGAGCCAAACAUUGUCCAUUAAGAAGCCAGACGAGACACGGGUAAUGAUUGAGACAGUGGAGCCUCGGGACCCGAGGAACAGAGCAGCUCUYGCUGUGGGUGCAAGACCCAGUGAUCAGAUUAAGUCGUUGCCUAUCUCCAGCCGCGCGGUGCGAUUUCGCGAGAAAAAGUAUGGACCACUGCUCACAAAAGAAGAAGGAUAUGAUGAGGUACCGCUUGACCCUAGGGACAGACACCUCACGGCUAUGCAUACGCCAUUGGGACUAAUACAGAUGAUGGUUGUCCCUAUGGGGUGGACUAAUGGCGUAGCCGUUUUUCAGAGAGCCAUGGUAGCCGUCCUCAAGGACUUCAUCCCUGAUAAGGUUGAAGUUUUUCUGGAUGACUUUCCUAUAAAAGGGUCUGUAGACAGGGAUGAGACAGAGGUUGUACCUGGAGUUAGAAGAUUCGUCGAGCAGCACCUAACAGAUAUUUGCGCGGUACUCGAGCAGCUGGAAGAUGCGAAUUUGACAGUCAGCGGAACCAAGAGCCGAUGGGCCGUUUCGGCUAUUAAGAUCUUGGGUUUUAUCUGUGACUCGAGAGGGCGCCGAGCAGAUCCGGUGAAGUUAGACAAACUUCUGAACUGGCCGUCACCGUUGCAUAGCCCUACCGAGGUCCGACAGUUUCUAGGAGUGGUCGGUUACUGGCGUAUAUUCAUACGGGGGUAUGCGGAGAAGGUUGAGUCAUUGAGGUUACUCCUUCGAAAGAUUGAAAAGUUCUACUGGGGCUCUUCACAGGAACUCGCUAUGCAAGAACUUAAAGACGAAUUUAAGGAGGGAGGACGCGUGUUGGGCGUGCCAUUCUUUGACGAUGAGACCGAGAGACCCUUCAUAGUAUCCACGGAUGCUGGACCAUGUUCAGUGGGUGGUUUGCUGUCUCAGAAAGAUGCUGRAGGGAAGGAAAGACCGUUAAGAUUUGAGAGUAGGACACUUAAUACGGCUGAGCGUAACUACAGUCAGUUCAAGAAAGAAGUGCUAGCUGUUCUCCGGUGUCUAGACACGUUCAGACACUAUAUCUAUAGGCGACGGUUCAUCUUGAGAGUAGACCCCACCGCGGUUGCUUCUGCCCUCCAGAAGGACUUUAGUCUGACGGACCCGACCAUCGCCCGAUGGUUAAUACGGAUUCGGCUAUACGAUUACACGGUUGAGAGAGUAUCUGGUACUAAAAAUGCUGUGGCAGAUGGACUUUCACGCAUCCCUCUCGAGCGUCCGAUAGUAGUUGGGGCUCUGACAAUGGCAGAGCCGAGGCGCGCCGAUAGAUUUUUAGUUAAUCUUUACGAGGGCAAGUACCGAAUGAUCGGACUACACCUGACGGGAGAGGAGAGUCAAGAUUCAUAAAUCCGAAGGCAAGCAGCCCAGUAUUGCCUUAGAGCAGGCCACCUUUUCCGAAGGCCAGUAGGGUCCGGAAUGCCCUUACGAG